AUGAAGCGGCGACGAAGAAGCCCCAAGCCAGAAGGCUUGAAUAAACAGGCCGCUUCACCUGAACAACUAAUGCCAACUAAUAACUCCAUUGAAGGCAACUUCUCAGGUCCAAUGGAAAUGGGCCAGGACUGGCCAGGCCUACACCCCACGCCAUCGGUUCCUUUACCUGGCACCGAGGAACUGUUCGAUCGACUACGGGAACCCUCGAACUCCCCGGUACUUCAUUUUCCGAGUGCUCAGCAAUAUUAUGUUGAAUCUGACUUGAUGCACAUGGGAUUGUUUGCUGCUGAUAUCGAUGCCGAUGUUAAGGAGAAUAAGACAAAGUUGAUGGAAUGGGAGCGGUUUUCUGCUGACCACAACAAAAGAAGAGACUCUAAGAGCCAUCCCCGCCGGGAAUUUGAAUUGGCCCACGAUGGGACCAAGCUCGCACUGGGUAGAGCUGACGAAAAUCACGCAUCGCAUGGCGACAUGAAAUCCUCGUUUCUGCCUUACUUCGGUGAACGGAAAUCCGAGCCUUCUCUGUACAACCAAGAAUCGUCAAAUGCCGCCGUUCAAUCGAGUGGAACUUCCAACCCUACCGCCGGCUCAGUGGCAGCAAUGAGACGCGUAGUCGAACUCAGAUAUGAACCAAGAAGACAAAAUAAGCGAAGAGUGGCUAAAUGGCUCGAAUUGCCUGUCAAUCGGAGCAUCUCUAAUGGCGGCGAAAAUUCAAAGGAAACAUCUCGUGAGGUUAACAUCUUCUCGUCUCCCUACCAGGAACCGAAUCCUUUCAAUGACAGGGCUGAAAGCACCAUUGUAUCCCUCGGCAAGAGCAACGAAAGGAUAGCUCCAGGCGAAAGCUCCAAUGCGGUUAUGAGGCGUUUUGUGAAUCAUGCAAGGGAGCUUGAGUUAACUUCUUGUGCAGCAACCGAUGCAUCGCAUAGGAGUACUUCGGAUGAUGAUGAAUAUACUGUAGCGACGCUUGUUACAGCACGUAAACCACUCAGCGAAGUAUCAAGUGAGGGAGAAUCUCCCGCAGCUUCUCCUCUCGAGCUUUUCAUCGAUGCACCCACCGAUGAUGAACUUGAUCAAAAUAUGUACGAUGAGCCCCAUGACGGAUCAGAUUUCGGAUGGACGGGGCGUGGCCCCUUUGACCUCGAUCCGGUUUCAAACCUCAAUAUUGACUCUGUCCGUUUGGAGGAUGAAGAGCCCUACACCAUCAAGUGCAUUUGUGCUUUUACGGACGAUGACGGGAACACUGUCUCUUGUGAGAUUUGCGAAACAUGGCAACACAUUGAGUGUUACUACCAUGGCCAGGAGGUCCCGGAUGUACACUUCUGUACCGAUUGUUCACCCUCACCACUGUACUUGGAUGGAAAACAGGCCACUGAGUGGCAGAUUCAUUUACGGCAGCAAAAUGAUAGUGAUUACCAGAUGAGGGACACCGUAUCUAUGGGCGUCACCGUCCCUGGAGUCCAUGAAUUUGUUAGUAAUUUCAAUACAGGAAUCCCAUCAUUGUCACAGCAACUGCGUGGAACUGGACCCGGUAUGGCUCAACCUUUAUACUUAAUUCCCCCUCCUCCCCCUCCAAUCGGUUUUCCUCUAGACCAGCUUUCAGCCGAAUCGAUCAGGAGGCAGAGUCUAGACGAGAUCGGAGAUGACACAAUUGACUGGUGGCAACACAACCGACCGCUACCAGAUUUAGAAAGACAAUGGUACAUAGAUAAUCACUCGUUGUCUCCGAGGAACAGCCAUGAUGUGCUUGAUCUACUAACAGAAGCUGCUGGCCAGACAGAAGCUCUCAACCGCCAAACGCUCGACAAUGAAGAAUCAAAUCUGCGGGACACGCCUAUCAGUCAAUCUGUGGAUCAAUAUACGACAUCAUUGGCGAGAACAAUCUCUAAAGACAGCCCGUCCGUGGAAAAAGGGGUCAACCCGAGCGUUGACAGAGACGCCCAAAGUGGUGAUCAUCGACAUACAUUGACUUUUGAAGCAUACACAGAUUCCGGAUAUGCUUCAAACACAACCAGAGCACUGAAACCAUCAGAAGUGCUUGGAAAAGUCCAUCAGACGGAAGAAAUUUCGGUAGAUCAUGGCGAAAUUGAAUCGCGUCCCAUAUCUAGUCUUGAUGGGAACGCCCAACUCAUGGAACAAGAAGACGACGUAGCAAGCAUCUAUUCAGGUGCCUCGACCAUCCCUACAAUGACUAGGGCUCGUUAUAUUGAUGGAUUUGCCAAUGAUGUCGCCCAAGCAAUCCAGCCUUAUCAUCUCAAUGACGAGGUUCUUCAGCAGAUCAUUGAAAAACUACCCGAGCUUCUUAAAGCAUUUGCUCUCACCUUUGGCCACCACGAGUCCGGAACGAUGCAUCGCGAUGUUAUGGUUUUUAUUCAUAAAUAUCGAAGACAAAUCGUGAAAACGCUCAAUGAUCAGAUUUUGAUGGAAGAACCGGAGGAUCAAAUGAGAGACCAAGCAAAUCAGAUGUCGCUGAAGGAAAAAAUGAAUCUUUGGCUUAGAAGUGGAGAAUCUACGCAAGAUGUGAGACUUGAUAAUCACGAAUAUAUCGUCACCAAGAACCCCGACGUCAAGGAAAAACAAGACGACGAGGAGGAUGAGGAGGAUCAUGAUUCUGAUACAGACGAAACUGAAUUACCUGGGCUUGCCGCCUACCGGUCUCUCAUCCGAGGAGCACCCGCAUAUGAUUGGUUCCUCAACAACAUCCGGAGGGAAUGUACUCUUGCUCCUCCAGUGCCGAAUGUGAUAGAAGAGAUUCGAACCACAAUCCUGGAUGCGUUGCCCUCGUCGCCGAAAAUCAGUCGACGAAAGCCUGCAGAAACAUUCCAUGUAAGUUUCAUGGUCGAUUGGGAUCCAGUUGCGUUCCUCCGAGAGGAAGAAUAUACAGAAAGGCCUGAGGAUGCUAUCGAGCGAGCUAUAACCCUGACAGGUUCCGCUGUAUCGGCGCAGGCUUUGACGUGCGGUGGAUACUUGCGGCAAACAUGGCCAUCAACGGGCGAGCAGAUUCUGGAUCUGAUGAAGUCAUUGGUAUCUGGCGAAAGCAGAGCCUCAGUCACCUUGCUCAAUGGUUCCAGCCUCACCGCAUCGUACCACCCUUUGAAGAAACAAGUGUUGUCAACAGUUGUUUUGGUAGAUGUCCAUGGCACUGCCGCCUGCGUCGCAGAAAUAGCUGAACAGUUUGCAUGGCUCGCAUCUGCCCUUCGUUCAUCACCAUUCCCACAGACAAUAGCGUACAGCAGGCCAUUCAUUGACGGAAUACAAGUUGGGCAUGCUACAUACGAAGAGACCACAUAUAUAUGCAGGAUUGGAGUUGAGCUACAUGAAGGAAAUCCUGACUCUGAAACCACUAAUGGCGAUUGUUGGCAUGGGCUCUUUGGCAGCCCAGUCGUUGUGGAAGGCUUCCCAAUACCACGAAGAUCAGACGAAGAAACUCUGGGCCUUGAGAUUCCAUUGAACAUUAUGGCGAGUCUUGCACAGGCUCGUAGAGUUGGUUCUUUCGGGGGCAAGACGCUUCUCAAGGGGGUUGCAACUGUGUUGCUCCCGAUGAAGCGCACGAAAGAUAUAGUUACCUGGCAUCUGGUUCAAGGAAAAAAUGGAGAUCGCAUAUCUUAUCUUGAGACCGAGAGCUUCCAAACUGUGGAUAUCAAAAUGCACGAAUUAGAAAAGUCUCGGCAUGUCCUAGGCUGGUGCCCGGAAAUGAGAUUAUACGCAGGAGCGGCCGAUGCAAGCUACCUUAUCAAAGGCUCGAGGCUACCCCGACCUUCAGGGCAGGGGGGGUUGAAUGAUGCAUCAUUAUCUCUUGGUCAUCUCAUCACCGGAGGUGCUCCCUUUAGCGAGGGUCGCAAAGACAUUCGUCUCCGCCGGAACAGUUAUAUCGUAAGAAUGAAAUGGAUCUCACAAAAGUAUGUGAUAUUAUGGGAUGAGGAAGACAAACGAGGMUGGCUAGUCAAUGGAGCCAGCGCACUACUUCACCUUGUUCGCGCAUCUCUAGCACAAGACAUGUUCGAUAACAAAUUCGGGCCAUUGUGCUUAUUCUCCACGAAAGAGUUUCAAGAAGCCUCACGACUUCAUCAGACAGACGCAGCUCUAGAGGUUCUCCUGAACCCGUAUAACCUAAAGGCAAAAAUCUAUCCGGAAGAAGAUGACUUUAUCCGCUUCAAGGCCUAUGUCGAGGACUUUUCUGAUCUUCUGGAAAAGAUGCUUGACUACCAGUCCAGGGUUGCGAAUCAAAAUAUUCCAAGAUCAUUGUUGGAAGGUUGGGACUUUAAUGAUGUGGCAACUGGGCGAGACCCAAUUUACCCUCGAGAGGCUUGUUUGAAUCAGGAGGCCCUUUCCUGGGUUGACUUCACACGAUCUUUACACGCAAUCACGUUGUUUGGUCGAAGCUUCGGCGAAGUCAUUCAACCGGCCAAGGCGUGCUGUUCGGCGUGGAUAAAGGUGCCUUGCGGAAGAUCAUAUCUUACAGCCAGCACUCCUGAUCUAUAUAAGAUAAUGGAGUCGGAUGGAGAUCCGUAUUCUGUUCCAAUGAGGUUGACUCAUGAUGUACUUUGGUACACUUCCAAAGAGACGUUCACACAAUGCCAGUGUAACAGCGAGAUGGAUGACGAUAAACAUUGUGAUAUAGCCCAGGUGCUCCUCCCCUCCAGACUACAACAUGAGCUGUAUGGAACGUGCUCGCAAUUACCAUCCAAAAGUGGUGCCAUCAUAUUUGGCUACAACAAUAACCAUAGAUGGUUCUGGAGCGACAUAGGAGAUCCGUCAAGAACGCCAAAUGAGUCUGCCCGUAUAUCACCGUUCACCAAAGGGAUACAGGGUUCCCGCUUUUCUGACAGCGGAAUUGGAAAGAGUCUCAGCUCGUCAGUUUCCAUCACAGGCUCAACGUCUAAUCGACUUGAAGAAUAUAGGGAGUAUACACAGGCGGUGAAUAGUGAGUCAGAGGACCAUCAAACAUCCUCAUCAACAUAUAACAAAAUAUAUAAUCAUCCUGAAAGCGGCAUCGCAUCAUCACCGCUUGCUACGCAUUACAAAGUAGGCAUAGUGUGUGCUAUACACAUCGAGCUCAUGGCAGUACGAGCGUCAUUUGACAAGAUAUACGAGAAAGUGGCCAUUGCUAGAGAAGAUCCCAACUACUAUGCACUUGGUAGUAUCGAGGGACACGAUGUGGUUGCUGUCUGCCUCCCACAUGGGGUAUACGGCACAAAUGCAGCAGCCGACGUGACUUCCAAUAUGAAGCGCAGCUUUCCGGAACUAAAAUUUUGUCUGCUAGUAGGGAUUGGAGCAGGAGUGCCUUCUCAAAGAAAUGAUAUACGCCUCGGCGAUGUUGUCAUUAGCACACCGAAGGGCCGUUAUUCAGGGGUACUGCCAUAUGACAUGAUUAAGAGUACUGACUCUGGAGCUUUCGAGCUGAAUGGAUAUUUGAGCCCCCCGCCCGCACAUUUGAUGUGUGCCAUCAGUGAACUCGAAUCGGAUCCGUCGCUAUCAUCUACACCGCUGCAUAAGUAUCUGCAGCAGAUUGAGCAAUGUAAAAAGCAAUAUACACACCCAGGGGUGGCCCAUGACCGAUUAUUUGACUCAAAUUACGCCCACAUCGGUGAUUAUAACACAAGCGAUAACUGCGAGCAGUGCAACGUUGCUUAUGAAAAAAGAAGACCUCCCCGAUCAUCUAUCCACCCUGAAAUUCACUACGGACUCAUCGCUUCGGGAAAUCAAGUCAUGAAGUCCGCCGAAACGAGAGACAAGCUAGGCCGCGAGCACAACGUGUUAUGCUUUGAGAUGGAAGGCGCUGGAAUCAUGAACAACUUUCCGUGUCUGAUCAUCCGUGGAAUCUGCGAUUAUGCUGACUCACACAAGAAUAAGCGCUGGCAGAAUUAUGCGGCUGCCACGGCGGCUGCGUAUGCGAAAUUGCUUCUUUCUCGAUUAAGAACUACGGACGGUUUUGAGUCAGAACCAGCUGAACAUCUCUCGCGAAAAGGAACUGCAACAACUGAAUGGGGUGAAGAUAUGCCAGCCACCAAAAGAAGGAGGAGUUAA